AUGUCAACAAACAGAUCUGUCCAGCUCACCCAGCGGGAGCAGCAGCUCCGGCUUCUCCUCGUAAACGUUGCCAAAUUCAUCGAUACGACGGUUAAGCUUGACCAACCGCUGGUGUUGCGUUGGGCGGGAGGCUGGGUGCGAGAUAGGCUCUUGGGAACAGAGAGCCACGACAUUGACGUGGCAAUUAAUGCCAUGACCGGACAGCAGUUUGCACAGCAUCUUUCAGAGCUUCAUCACAUCGCAAGCAAUCCAGACAAGUCCAAACAUCUUGAGACUGCCAUGGUCAAGCUGUUUGGUAUGGACUUGGAUUUUGUCAAUCUUCGCAAAGAGACAUAUGCCGAAGAUAGUCGCAAUCCUCAAAUGGAGUUUGGGACUGCAGAGGAAGAUGCCCUUCGCCGUGAUGCCACCAUAAACGCCCUGUUUUAUAAUUUGCACACGGAGCAAAUUGAAGAUUUUACUGGCGGUAUCCGUGAUAUGGAUGCAAAGACAAUUCGAACACCCUUAGAGCCUUUCCAAACGUUCAUGGACGACCCUCUUAGGGUACUGCGCCUAAUUCGAUUCGCUGCUCGGCUAGGCUUUACCAUAGACGCAGAGUCAGAAAAGUUCAUGAGUGACAAGAGGGUACUUGAGGCUCUCCGGAAAAAAAUCAGCCGCGAAAGGGUUGGCGUCGAGCUGGAAAAAAUGUUGAAAGGCAAAACUCCCCGAGUGGCCCUGGAGUUGAUAAAUCGCCUUAGUCUCUACCAGGCCAUCUUCAGUGAUCCGCUGCAAGAAAAUACAUCGAUGCCUGAUAUAUCUCGAUGGCACGUUUCGUAUAGCUGCCUCGACGAAUUACUGAAGAAUCGCGCUCCUGGAUCAAUAUGCCAGAUACUGGUUGACGACGACGAGACGACAUAUCUGGCGUGGAAUCUCGCUGCUGUUAGCCCCUGGAUUCCUGUAGAAGAUCGAUCUGGAGGCAAAAAGAAGGCGAAUGCUCUCCCUCCGGUCGGUAUCAUUGCUCGUGAAGGUUUCAAAGCUUCCAAUAAGCUCACGACCAUCAUGGCAGCCUGCCACAAACAUCGUGUUGAGAUACUGGAACUGAAAAAGGCGGUAUGCGAAUCUACACCGAAAAUACACGAACGAGACACCUUUGGUAUGGCCAUCAGAAAGUGGGAAGCGGUGGGUGGGAACUGGAAGCUUCAGGUCUUGGGAGUGAUACUGGCCGAUGCCAUGGAGCAACUGGAGGACUUUCCUGCGGGGGAUAGCAAGGACCGUGAUGAAUUUAUUCAAGGAUGGGACAAGUUCCUCAAAAAUCUCGCUGAGCUUGACGUCUACGACGCCCCAAACCUGAAACGUAUUAUAGAUGGCCGCGCUCUAGCUAAAGCGCUGGGCAUCUCACCAGGCGUCUGGACGGGCAAAGCUUUAGACGUAUGCAUGGCUUGGCAGCUACGAAAUCCUGGCGAAACGAACCCUGAUGGCGCUGUACAGGCCGUAAGAGAUAAAUCCCAAGAACUAGGCAUAAAACUACCAGAGUAG